AUGCCCGCCAUAAGCAACAUCAUCAAGGCAUAUCGGCCUGACCUAUCGCCUUACGAGUCGCUGUACAAACAUUUCCACUCCCAUCCCGAGCUUUCCUUCCAAGAGAAGGAUACCGCAGCUGGCAUCCAAGCGCACCUCAAGAAACUCGGAUCCUACUCAGUCCACCCCAACAUCGGCGGCACCGGCACUGCUGCCGUCCUCGAGAAUGGGACAGGUACAACUGUGCUCCUCCGUGCUGACAUCGACGCCUUGCCCGUCGAAGAAAACACAGGUCUACCCUACGCGAGCAGAAAGCGCAUGAAGGACGCUGAUGGCGUGGAGCGGCCGGUCAUGCAUGCUUGUGGGCAUGACAUGCACUUCACCAGCUUGCUUGCAGCGGCGGAGCUGCUGUUAAAGGCCAAGGAUGAAUGGCAGGGGACCCUGGUUCUGUGCUUUCAACCUGCGGAAGAGAAGGGAGCGGGCGCGCAGGCGAUGGUCGAUGACGGGCUAUACGACAGGGUGCCUGUGCCUGAUGUCGUGCUGGGAGCGCAUGUCGUGCCGUAUAGAUCUGCAGGCACGAUAGGCACCCGCCGUGGCCUCAUGUCUACUGCAGCCGACUCUUUCCACUGUACCUUGUACGGCCGGGGCGGGCACGCCUCCCAACCGCACCAAACGAUUGAUCCCGUCGUGAUGGCAGCCAGCACAGUGAUGCGCCUCCAGACCAUCCGCUCUCGCGAGAUCAACCCCGCAGGUCACGCAGUAGUCUCAGUCGGAUCGCUGCGUGCCGGGGACACAGAAAACAUCAUUCCCGACCGAGCCGAGCUUAAAAUUAAUGUGCGGACUAUGGACGCCAAGACGAGGGAGCGCGUUUUGGGCAGCCUCAAACGCAUCAUUGAAGCCGAGAGUACUGCCAGCAACGCGCCAAAGCCGCCUGAGCUGAAGGAAAUUACCAGGUAUCCUUUCGGCGUCAACGACGAGGAUGUCACGGCAAAGCUGGAAAACACAUUUUCUGCCGUCUUUGAGGCUGGGCCUCAUGGCUAUCAGUCUGAUAUUCCGCCCAUGGCAGCGAGCGAGGACUUUGGUAUCCUGGCGUCAGCAGUAAAGCGUCCUGCCAGCUUCUUUGUGUAUGGUGGUACGGACCCGGAUGCCUACGAUAAGGCGGAGAAAGAGGGACGUCUGGAUGAUGAUAUUCCCAACAACCAUAGCCCGUUCUUCGCUCCUGUCGUACAGCCGACGAUGACGUGUGCGGUCGAUGGGUAUGCGGCAGCGGCGCUGACGUGGCUCGUUAAGGAAUAG